CAACCUUCCUGCGCUGUUUCCCAGUUUAGUUCUGGGUGUAGUGCAGUUUUAGGUCUCUCUUCCGUUGAGGUUGUAGACAGCCGUCAUAAAAAAUACAAAUAAAAAGUUGGAUUUUUCUUAAACACCAACGACCGCCGCUAUGUCCAACAACAACGCCAGCAGCAACUUGGUGGUCGCCCAGCGAGCCGUGAAGCAGCUCCGGUUAGAGGCCAGUACCCGGAGGAUCAAGGUGUCCCAGGCUGCCACCGAGCUGAAAAACUUCUGCAUCCAGAAUGCCAACAAGGACCCGCUCCUCAUGGGGGUCCCCUCCAGCGAUAAUCCCUUCAGACCCCCCAAGUCCUGCUCACUGUUCUGAGCAGCAGAAGGAACAUGAAGGAUUCCUCGUCCGUCAAAGCUUCACCUCACCUCUCGUCUGCGUCAUCGUGGACUUGUUCUGCAGCUCCUCACGGGGGAGGGAGGGAAAACGCACUCGGUGCUGAAGGUUUUUCGGGGGUUGAUGUCGAUCUGCUUUUUUUUUUUCUGCCAAAACUAAUGGUAUCAUAUCUCCCAUCUGUUACACGAAAGCACGGCCAAACUCGUACUUGUUCAACAAACAAGCAGAAGAUGUUCCUGACACUAACUUGACUAAUGAUUAAUCUGGCUUUGCCUAAGUGCUCGACAUGUCCGGCAUCUAUUUACAGACUGUUACCGCUGUUUGCUUUUUCAGUCGGUGCCCUUCUGAGGGGCAGGUGGAGGGAUAUUAAACGUAAAUUUGAGGCAGGUUCUGUCCCAUCUGCACUGUUUUGUGUCGUUUAUCUCUGUAAAGCAUUUUAGAAAAGAAAUAAUGUCCAACUGCAUUUCUGGCCAACUCACUGUACCUGUGCCUUUUUUAAAGAUUCAAGUAUUUAAGCGAAAAGUGUCACAGUGAACCUGAGGUACUACAACAUGACAUACUUUAACGUUAGGAUAAGUGUUGGUUUGUUAUUCUCUUGCUUCUUUGUUUCUUUCACUCACCUGUUAUCUACGUUUCAGUCCUUUUGUUGAAUCUCUUUAUUUAAAAUAAAAACACGUAAAGGCCUUACACUAUUUGGAUAGUGGUAGCAACUUUAAUUUAUUUCACAUUGCAUGAACGCUUGCGUCUGUAUUGAAAUCCUUCGGUUUUGUUUGUAUUUAAUGAGUCGGUCGUCGUUUUUCACGCUGGAAUCAACCAAAAAUCUUUCCUGCUGUCUGUUGGCGCUCGCCUUCGUUUUCUGUGCAACGUUUGAGUGAUUAGGAAACGACAGAAAUGCUGCCUGUAACUUUUUCCACGACAAAAUCAGAAGGUAAUUUUGGAAAGUAUCACUUUUCUAAUUCGUGACUGCUUUUUGACAGACAGGGCUUAAGGCAUUCAUGAAAAGUAGUCGCGCAUAUUUUGACGCUUUUCCAUUCAAAUGAUUUGAGUGAAGUUGGACUAAAUUGGAUUUAAAAAGGAUCAUUUUAUUGUCGAUUGGAUUGGCCCUUUGCUGUGACGGGUAGCUGCUGGACCGGAUUUGCUUUGUCGUCAAAUACUAGAAAUCUUCACAAAGCCACAAGAAUUACUGUUACCUGUCACCCCAAUGAUUUGUGAUGAAUGCAAUGUGUUUGUAUGAAAGGAAAUAAAUAAAAUAUAUAUAUACUUGCAA